AUGGCGUGGUCUGAACCUCGGAACACUGGCAUGAUCUACCGCCGGCUUGGCCGGUCGGGCCUGCAUGUCUCUGCCAUCAGCCUUGGCAGCUGGAUGACGUACGGCGGGUAUGCUCAGGAUGAGGACGCAUUUGCCUGCAUGAAGAAGGCCUAUGAUCUGGGAAUCAACUUCUUUGAUACCGCAGAGAACUACACUGCUGGACAAGCAGAGAUUGUUAUGGGCAAGGCCCUCAAGCACUUUGGAUGGAAGCGAAGUGACCUUGUCAUCAGCACCAAGAUCAAUUGGGGCGCGGUGAAUGGCGAAAUCCUGGUCAACAACCAUGGUUUGUCACGGAAGCAUAUUAUUGAGGGACUCGAGGCUUCCUUGGAGCGUCUCCAGCUGAAGUACGUCGAUGUUGUCUACGCGCAUCGCCCAGACAGGUUGACCCCGAUGGAGGAAACCGUGAGGGCGUUUAACUUUGUUAUUGACCAAGGAAUGGCUCUAUACUGGGGUACAUCCGAGUGGAGUGCCGACGAGAUUGCAGAGGCUGUCGGCAUUGCCCGCGACUUGCGGAUGAUUGCUCCUAUCGUAGAGCAGCCUCAGUACAACAUGCUGGUCCGCGAUAAGGUGGAGGGCCAGUUCCAACGGCUGUAUGAGCGCACCGGACUGGGCCUCACUACUUUCAGCCCCAUCAAAAUGGGCCUACUCUCCGGCAAGUACAAUGACGUCAUCGACGGCCAGCCGCCCAAAGACUUGCGGUUCGGCGCCAGCAAGGAUGGUUUCGCCGACUUCAUGCGCGGCCGCAUGGGCACCGACAGCUGGAAGGAGGAGAUCGAGCAGGUGCGCCAGCUCAAGCCCAUCGCCGACCGCCUGGGCGUCAGCCAGAGCCAGCUCGCCGUGGCGUGGUGCUUGAAGAACCCCCACGUCAGCAGCGUCAUCACCGGCGCCAGUCGUCCCGAGCAGCUGGAGGAGACAGUGGGCGCGCUGAAGAUUCUCGACAAGCUGACCCCGGAGGUGAUGGAUGAGAUUGACGCCAUCACGAAGAACAAGGUUGAGCUUGACCCUGCGAGACAGAGCUGA